AUGCAUGCACAGCAGAUGGCAGCGCACGCAGCAGCCACCGGAGCAACGAUGGGUCCACCCGGACUUCCUCCAGGACUUGGACCGUCGCCGCACCCUGGUCUGACACCAUCCAGCCUGCAGCCCGGUAUCACCGGCGCCAGUUUGGCCGCUUCUGGCCUCCUAGCGUUACCAAAUCCCUUGGCAGCUCAACUAUCAGGAUUCCCUGCUCCGAUGCCUCCCGGUCUGAAGGACGACCGGCCGUCUGGUUCAGGAAGACCGGCCUCAGUGGAAGAUCGUAUUGCGUUCCGUGUUGGCACCUCACUAAUCUGCGUCGCUUAUAACCUCAUAAUGAUUGAGAUGAAGGUUUGGGGUCGAACGAAUCCUGUGAUGCGGCGAAUGCAGAACAUAUCGACUGUGCCUCAUCAUCUCACGUCGUAA